AUGUCUUUCGGUUCAAUAACAUGGCAAACAAACCGCCUUGAUCAAGACAAAUGCUCAUUAUCAUUUGAUGAAACAAAUGUUGCUAAAAGACAACAAAUAUUUUCAACUCGUCAUUUAGAUACUACAACAGCUGAUGAGCGUGUGUCUUUUAGUCUAGAAAAAGAACUUCCAGAUGAUGAUAAAGAUGAAAUUGUUUAUAGUUCGACAUCAAAUAUGAUUCUAUUCAUUUUAAUUGAAAGAAAUGAUAAUAAUAAUGAUGAUGAUGAUGAUGAUGAUGAUGAUGAACAAGUAUCAGCAAAAAACAAUGGUAAUUCAAGCAAUUCUUCAUCAGAAGAAACAACUGAUGAAGAAGAUGAUGAUGAUGAUGAUGAUGUUGAUGAUGAAUCGGACAAUGAAGAAGAAAGAAACAAUGAAGAUGAUGAUUCAGUGCUAAAAUUAGAUAAGUCAAAAAGCAAUUCAGUCACUGAAAUAUCCAAACGAAUUCAUGAUAAAAAAACAUUUGCUGAACGAAAACAAUAUUUAAGUAUUGAUUCUGGUCAUAUUCAAUCAGAAUCUCCAUCUCCUGUUGAUCUUUCACCAUCAUCAAUAUCACCAAUUAAUCAACAAACAUUGACGUCAAAAAAAUCAGAUACGAUAACAUAUUCAUAUUUUCGUGCACCUUGUCCUGUUUGUCUUGGUUCAACCUAUGAUGAUAUAUCAACUAUUGAAAUAGGAAAACAAUAUUAUCAUAAAACAUGUUUACAUUGUUAUUCAUGUGAAAAACAAUUAAAAGAAAAUGAAUAUAAUUAUCAUGAUUUAUCAUCGGAUGGUGCAUAUACUUUUUAUUGUACAUUACAUUUUUGUAAAAGUCGUCUUAAACAAGUAACAACAACAUUAGCAGCAGUAACUCAACAAGAAUCCCAAUCAAAAACUGCUUAUCCGAAUUUAACUAAAUUACGCAGCAAUACAAAUACACAAUGGCAUAAUAAUCUUCGUUUAUAUCCAUCAUUAAAAGAUGCUCUUAGUUCAAAACCACACCCACUUAAUGUUGUCAAUAUAUCUGAUAAUAAAAAGCAACGACAAACUAUUGGUUUUGAACAUAUUCAUCAAUCAAUUUCGAAUACUACAAAUAAAAAAUCUUCACCAAUACUUAUUCGUAGUAAAACAUUUGAUGAAUCUUUAUCGAUACAAUUAAGUGACAAUGAUGAAAAUUUUAAUAUUAAUUCCAAACAAACAAUAAAUGAUUUAGGUAAACAACGAUUUAGACGACGUGGACAAAAUCGUCCAUCAUCACCAAUACCAUCAACAACUUCACAAAUAAUAUUAAUAAAUAAUUUAGAACAAAAUGAAACAAAUUCAAUAUCAACAAUAAAUCGAAAAAAGAAAAAAAUUCUUAUACCACAAUCAAGUUUAAAUUUAUCAUCAUCAUCAUCACAAUCAUUAGAUGAUGAACGAAAACGUUCAUCGAAUGAACGUCGUCGACAACGUGAAGAACGACAAAAGGAACUUGUUCGUUUUCGUCGUUCACAAGAAAUUCAACGUGAACUUGAAGAAAUUGAACAAAAACGUUUUGAACUUGAUAAACGUCAUACAAUAGCACGUCAAAACUUCAGUUUAUCAACAAAUGAUGAAAGCAAAAAGAUUUGGUGGGAAAGAGAAUGUUUAUGUAUUGUACGAGAAAGAACAGCAUUACAACGUACAGAAGAUGAAUUAUCAAUGGCUAAACGUGGUUUAAGAUUAGAAAAUGAUCGUGCACAUGCAGAAAAUGAAUAUAGGCAAUUAAUUAAUUUACCAGAUGAACUUAAAACAACGAAAGAUAAAGAACGUGAAGAACAACUUAUAACAACAAUUGCAAAAUUAGUUGAAGCAAGAAAUAAUUUAACAACUGAACUUGAUCAAAUGCGAUUAAGGUACAAAGAAAUAGCAAAAAUAAAUAAUUAG